GGAAACUGAUCUCCUGUGUAACAUCCAUAGACUGUAUGGUCACAUCACGUCUCAGUAACUGAAGCAUCUCCUCGUCCAGUCGAACUGAGCAGAAGAUCAGUUGUGACUGAGUGACAAGAUUAAACCGACAUGUUUGGAAACAGACUGUCGAUUUAAACCUUUUUCAUAAAAAUGGGUAAACGAGACAAAGGAGACCGCGAGUCCAAAAAGUCCAAGAAGCGUUUCCACGAUGAGGAAGACGAUGAGGACGAGGCCGGGGGCAGCGAGUCUCAGGAGGCCAUACCCGCUGCUGCAGGGAAACAAGUGGACGAGUCCGGCACCAAACUGGACGAGUACGGAGCCAAAGACUACCGAGUUCAGAUGAUGCUGAAGAACGAUCACUCUUCUCGGCCCCUCUGGGUGGCCCCAGAUGGCCACAUCUUCCUGGAGGCCUUCUCACCGGUGUAUAAGUACGCCCAGGAUUUCUUGGUGGCCAUCGCAGAGCCGGUGUGCCGGCCGAACCACGUCCACGAGUACAAGCUGACGGCCUACUCUCUGUAUGCAGCCGUCAGUGUGGGGCUGCAGACCUCUGACAUCGUGGAGUACCUGCAGAAACUCAGCAAGACGUCUGUACCUGAUGGAAUCGUGCAGUUUAUCCAGCUCUGCACUGUGAGCUACGGCAAAGUCAAGCUGGUGCUCAAGCACAACAGGUACUUCGUGGAGAGUGCCUUCCCCGAUACGAUCCAGCGCCUCCUGCAGGACAGUGUGAUCCGUGAAUGUCGUCUGCGUACUGCAGAUGGCGCCGACACUGAGCUCAUUACUGAGAUUAUCCACAGCAAGUCAGCGAUCGCCAGGUCUCUUAUGGAAAAGGGGGCUGCAUCCAGCUCACAGCAGCCCAGCGAGGGACAAACUUCCACCCAGCAAGUCCCCGAGGACAUCUGCAGCUACUAUGAACAGAUGGAUAAGGAAGAGGAGGAGGAUGAGGAGACUCAGACUGUGUCCUGUGAGAUUCGCCAGGAGAUGAUCGAGGAGCUGCAGAAGCGUUGCAUUCAGCUGGAGUACCCCCUCCUAGCAGAGUACGACUUUCGCAAUGAUACAGUCAACCCAGACAUCAACAUUGACCUGAAGCCGACCGCUGUGCUGCGGCCCUACCAGGAAAAGAGUCUGCGCAAGAUGUUUGGAAACGGACGUGCUCGUUCUGGGGUCAUCGUGCUGCCCUGCGGAGCUGGCAAAUCUCUGGUGGGCGUGACAGCGGCGUGCACGGUGCGUAAGCGCUGCCUGAUUCUGGGUAACUCCUCUGUGUCGGUGGAGCAGUGGAAGGCCCAGUUCAAGAUGUGGUCCACCAUCGACGACUCUCAGAUCUGCCGCUUCACGUCCGACGCCAAGGACAAACCCAUCGGCUGCUCUGUGGCCAUUAGCACUUACUCCAUGCUGGGUCACACCACCAAGCGCUCCUGGGAGGCCGAGAGGGUCAUGGAGUGGAUGCGGAGUCAGGAGUGGGGACUCAUCAUCUUGGAUGAGGUGCACACUAUCCCCGCCAGGAUGUUUCGUCGUGUUCUGACCAUUGUCCAGGCUCACUGCAAACUGGGGCUCACUGCCACACUGGUCAGGGAGGACGACAAGAUUGUGGACCUCAACUUCCUUAUCGGGCCAAAGCUUUAUGAGGCCAACUGGAUGGAGCUACAGAACAACGGCUACAUCGCUAAAGUCCAGUGUGCAGAGGUUUGGUGCCCGAUGUCUCCAGAGUUCUACAGGGAGUACGUGGCCAUUAAGACGAAGAAGCGCAUCCUCAUUUAUACCAUGAACCCCAAUAAGUUCCGCGCCUGCCAGUUUCUCAUUCGCUUUCAUGAGCGCCGCAAUGACAAGAUCAUUGUCUUUGCUGACAACGUGUUCGCCCUGAAGGACUACGCCAUCCGCCUCAACAAGCCUUACAUCUAUGGUCCGACAUCUCAGGGGGAGCGUAUGCAGAUUUUACAAAACUUCAAACACAACCCUAAGAUCAACACCAUCUUCAUCUCCAAGGUUGGAGACACCUCAUUUGAUUUGCCAGAAGCCAAUGUUCUGAUCCAGAUCUCCUCCCAUGGGGGGUCUCGCAGGCAGGAGGCCCAGAGGCUUGGUAGAGUCUUACGAGCAAAGAAAGGAAUGGUUGCAGAGGAGUACAAUGCCUACUUCUAUUCGCUGGUGUCCCAGGACACACAGGAGAUGGCGUACUCCACCAAGAGGCAGAGAUUCUUGGUCGACCAGGGCUACAGCUUUAAGGUCAUCACUAAGUUGGCCGGUAUGGAAGAAGAAGACUUGAUGUUUUCCACAAGAGAUGAGCAACAGCAGCUGCUGAUGAAGGUCCUUGCUGCGUCCGACCUGGACGCCGAGGAGGAAGUGGUGGCCGGGGAGUUUGGCACACGACCACAGUUCUCGAGGCGAACGGGCACCAUGAGCUCCAUGUCCGGUGCAGAUGACGCCGUCUACAUGGAGUAUCACAGCAGAGGCAGCAAAUCCUCCCAACUCAAGGGCGUUCAUCCGCUGUUCAAACGCUUCAGAAAAUAGAUGCACUGACUGAGACGUUCACACCGAAAUACCUACUCUGUUGCUUAUCAACUGAUUGAGCUGGUUUCACAGAACUGCCUUUUCUCUUUUUGAAACCUGAAUUGACCUGAGUUAAUCAGCUUUUGAGUUAAUGUGGCAAAGAUUUGAAAGGUUUAUACAUCACAACCUUAAUUCACAUAAAUCGGUGGAUACUACGGAUUAGUGUUCCUGGUUGUGCCCCAUGAUGUUAUUGUAAGUUAAUAUGAAUUGUUAGAGAGUUUACUUUGUAAUGUUGCUAAAUGUUUUUUGGAAAAGAA